AUGAUUCGUGGCUCGAAAGUGGGUUUCCCGCGUACAAAUGCUGUGACUCCGGAAACGAUGGGAGGUGCUGACCGGAAAGGAUCAAAUGCAAGCCGAAUUACGGUAAUAUCGGUACCUGCGGAAGGGCAAUCUGGAGUCAAAUAUACCAAAAAAGAGUUAAAAGAAUACCGCCAAAUCUUUGCAAUGUUCGACACUGAUGGCUCGGGUGCCAUUGGAAACGAAGAACUAAAGCAGGCAAUGAUCAGCAUCGGCAUUUCGGUUGACGCCGAUGGAAAUGGGGAAAUCGAUUUCAACGAGUUCUGCGCUUGCAUGAAGAAAUCACAAACAAUCGCCAAAUCGACAAACGAGGAGUUAAUCAAGGAAUGCUUCUCCAUCUUCGAUCUUGAUCAAAACGGGGUAAUCAGUGAGGAUGAAUUUAAGUAUAUCGCUAAAGAAGUGGGAAACUUUGAUGAUGAGCUAGCCGAAAAGGUAUUCCGGGAGCUGGAUAUAUCAUCGGCGGGGCAAUUGACCGGUGACCAAUUCGCUAAUAUCGUCGAGGACUACCUCUUAAACGAUAAUGCCAGAUAUCCGGAUGAU